AUGCAGUCGCGGUGGGCGCCGAUACUCAUUUUUCGGGUCAUGUUCAUUUCCAUCCUCAUCAUUGCCACCAUGGUGCUGCCGGUGGAGCUCGCCCCCUGGAAGGUGGCGCCCGCCAACUACGCCGACGCGGCCUGCAGCUCCACGCUGCUGAUGGUCCUCAUCUGCGGAGCGACGGCAGCGAACGUGAGCGUCGAGAAUUCCUCGAUCCCAGCCUUUGCCUCCGUGUUCGUCGGCUUCUUCUUUGCCGUCGGCGUUGUCGCCAUCAUGGCCUCGGUGUACUACUACUUCAAGCCCUUCCCCAUGUAUCCCUCCUUCUUUUGUCAUCACAGGGUGGGCGCCCAGGCGCAGGCACGGCUGCUGAAGAUGAUGCUGACGUCCAAGACAGGCAGGCCGGUCUUCACCGACACGGAUGACCUCACGCAAUUGGAUUCGUUGUUCGACACAGUCAAAACGCAAGUUCACCACCUGGUCGUCUCUUUGACGAGGGACACUCUGAGCAUGCCGUGGUGCGCUGGCGAGAUCGUCACUGCAUUCAUGUGGCGCAAGCAGAUCACUGCGGUCGUUACGGACAGUUUCGUCCCGCCGAAUGAAAAGGCUUAUGCGGACAUGGCCAAGAACUUAGACUUGAGCAGCUGCUCUCUGAACCCCUUCGGCAUCACGAACGACAGUGUGGCCUCUGCGUACCGCAGCCAUAUGAGCCACGACGUCAACAAAGUCCCCACUUGCGCAGUGACGUGA